CGCACCGCCCCGCUCGCGGUGCUCCCGCCGCCGCCCGGCCCCGGCCCGCCUCCCCCGGCCCCCCGCGGGGAGCGGCGCCUCGGCGGCACCGCAUUAAAGCGGGAGAGAGACGGGGGGGUGGGGGGUUGGGGAAGGCAGAAAGGAACGGAGAGGAGGGAAGGCAGCAGCCCGCAGCGCUGGGUUACUGAAAGCGGAGAGCAGCUUCCAGGACAAACCAAACCUUUUGCAAAAAAAUAGGUCCUUCAGGGUCAGCAGCGUUAAGGUUUUGGGGUUGUUUUUUUUCCCCCCCUUUCUUCUAGCGGAGCGCCCGGAGCGGUGCCCCGGGCCGAGGGGCAGCCGAGGCAGCAUGUACCAGGGCCACAUGCAGGGGAAAGGCGCUAGGGCAGGCGAUAAGGCUGUGGCCAUGGUGAUGAAGGAGAUUCCGAGGGAGGAGUCAGCAGAAGAAAAGCCCCUCCUUACUAUGACAUCACAGCUGGUGAACGAGCAACAAGAAAGCAGACCCCUUCUGAGCCCCUCCAUUGAUGACUUUCUCUGUGAAACUAAACCAGAAGCUGUUGCAAGGCCUGUAACAUCAAAUACUGCAGUAUUAUCAACAGGUCUGGAUCUCUUGGAUCUUAGUGAACCUGUCUUACAAACCCAAAACAAAGCAAAGAAAUCAGAGAAUCCAUCAAGAACUGAAGGCUUAAAAGCUUCAGCCCACAGAAAGAAGACAGACAAUUCUGACCUUAUCAGUGUGGAAACUGAGCAGAAAGUCCAGACUGUCAGAGUUUCAGACAAGUCUUCACUAGAUUUAGCUGAUAUUCAGACACAGCUAGAGAAAUGGGAUGAUGUCAGUUUUCAUGGGGACAGGAGUAGCAAGGUCCACCCUUCUACAGAGCGAACAUCAUCAUCAUCCAGAGCUCCAUCAAAAGAGCUUUUAUGGUCCACAGAAAACAGAUCACAGUCUGAGCUGACUAAUGUCAAGAGUGCCUUGGGCUCUGAUGCAACGUCAGAAUUAGAACUUGCACCUGCAACACAGGCACGGUCAAUGAAGGAGCAACGUUGGGGAGCACCCCUUCUCUCCAGAAAUCAUUCCUUGGAGGAGGAAUUUGAAAGAGCAAAGGCAGCUGUUGAGUCAGACACAGAGUUUUGGGACAAAAUGCAAGCAGAAUGGGAAGAAAUGGCUCGCAGAAACUGGAUUUCAGAGAACCAGGAAGCACCAGGGCAAGUCACCAUCUCAACCAUUGAGAAGGGUUAUUAUUUCCAUACUGAGAAUCCCUUCAAAGACUGGCCUGGUGCUUUUGAGGAAGGACUGAAAAAAAUGAAAGAAGGUGACCUGCCAGUUACAAUCUUAUACCUGGAGGCUGCUAUUCUACAAGAACCCAAUGAUGCAGAGGCCUGGCAGUUCCUGGGCAUAACACAGGCAGAGAAUGAAAAUGAGCAGGCAGCCAUUGUCGCCCUCCAAAGGUGCUUGGAGCUACAGCCAAACAACCUAAAAGCUCUGAUGGCCCUGGCUGUAAGUUAUACGAACACUGGCCAUCGACAAGAAGCCUAUCAGGCCCUAAGAAACUGGAUAAAGCAAAAUCCAAAAUACAAGUAUAUCGUGAAAAGCAAAAAAGGGUCCCCAGCACUUACCAGGAGAAUGUCUAAGUCAUCAGAUGAAAGCUCAUUACUUGAAGAAGUGAAGGAUUUGUACCUGGAGGCCGCUCACCAGAACGGUGACAUGAUAGACCCUGACUUGCAGACAGGACUUGGAGUUCUUUUCCACCUGAAUGGAGAAUUUAACAGAGCAAUAGAUGCAUUUAGUGCUGCUUUAACUGUUCGGCCAGAGGACUAUACAUUAUGGAACCGUCUUGGAGCAACCUUGGCAAAUGGGGAUCGAAGCGAAGAAGCUGUCGAGGCCUACACACGUGCUCUAGAAAUACAACCCGGCUUCAUUAGGUCCAGAUACAACUUAGGGAUAAGCUGCAUAAACCUAGGGGCAUACAGAGAGGCUGUCAGCAAUUUUCUCACUGCUCUCAGUUUGCAAAGAAAGAGCAGGAAUCAACAACAGGUUCCCCACCCUGCUCUAUCAGGCAAUAUUUGGGCAGCACUUCGAAUUGCUCUGUCUAUGAUGGACCAGCCAGAACUAUUUCAAGCUGCCAAUGUGGGUGAUUUAGACAUUCUGUUAAGAGCUUUCAAUCUAGAGCCGUAAUAAAAAAUACCCAGAAAUUGAUUGAAUUGUAUUAGGAAACAGAGAACUCUUUUAUUACUCAUCUCAAAAUGACCACAUUUUCCAAACUAUCAUGGCUGUAGAUCAAUAGGGGAAUUCUCUCGGACAUUAUUCAAAAAGGAGAAGUUCAAAAGCACAAAAUAUUGUAAAUAAACUCAAACUCAAAGGAUUGAAACGAGCUGCCGCUAACCUGACAAAGCCCUGAACUAGAUGAAAUAGCCAUUUCUGAGCAAUCUUCAUCCCAUGCAAGCUGUAUCUCUCUAUAUAUACACAGCUAUACAAAGAAAAAUAUAUUAAGAACAAACCUAGAUAAUUGUAAUUGCACAUUAGAACGGCAAGCAAUGCACCCAAGGAACCUGCUUAGCAGCUCAUCGCACUACGCUGACAUCACUCUGCCCUACGACGUGGAUUCCCCACCCUCUGGUUUCUUUGUUGAAAAGUCUUCUCAAGGUCCACUUUUAACAUAGCUCUGAAAAUAGAUGCAUGUAAAAUGGAGGUAUUUUGUUCUGAAUAUUUAUUAGUUGGCAGUCAUGAAAAGUUUUGCUUCCAAAGGUACUUUGAUUAAUUUGGGCCCAAUUCUGCUGGCCCACAGAGCUGUAAACCACAUGCAAUGUUAAGAGGAACAUUGGACGUGGAGGUCUACGGGAUUAGGCCAUGUACAUAAGGGAAGGCCAAGUGUUGCCGGCAGAAGUGGUAAUUUGCACUAGAAUUGUUGCUUUUUAAACCAGCUACCCCUGUUCUUGGACAGAGUAUGUCUGCUUCAAAGGAGCUCAUAGCAGGACCUGCACCUCUCUAUGUACUUAUGCACUUUAAUCUUUGUUUUUGUAAAAUAGCGCUAUGCUUUUGGUUUAGUUACUAACAACGGAAUGUACAGGAUAGCCUUGUUGGCAUAAAGGACCAAAUAUCAUUUCCUGAAAUGUGAUGAGAGGGUUUUCAAGAAUCUUUUGUUUAAAAAAAUGCAAAUACAGUAUAUUCUGCAAUAUCUAUUAGAAAGGUUAUUCUGUUAUGCAUCCAUCAGGUACUCCACACAUACAUGCAUGUGCAUGCACAUACAUGUUGUAUAUGAAUUAUGUCAUUUCAGAACAUAAUGAGCCACAGAUCUUUAUUGCAAAAAAAGCAAAGUCUUCACAGAGUUAAUGCCUGCAGACCAUGCUCAAGGGAAAAUUUUCCCUGAAAAUAAUUGGUCUAUGUAAUGCUUGUAGGAUGAGACUAAGAUCUGUUCCUGCUGCUACGGCAAGCAGUAGCAAAAGUCUCAGUGAUCUCCAUGAUAGCAGACUAAAUCCUUAGAUAACAUCAGUAGUUGUAGCUGCUUAAAAAAUAUCUAUAUAUACACACCCCCCAUCUUAAUUUUCCCCGAGCGGAUGAACAGGGAACAGUAUUGGGGCAGUACACUGCCACAGGCUGAAUGGAUCAUUGAUUUGGCUACAAACACAUUUAACUCAAGGUGAAUGUGUCAAUCAAAGACAGGAAUAGAAGUUUUUAAGGAGGUAAUUUUCAGUUGCUGAUGUUUUUAAUAUUUUUCCUAAACAGUGAAAGCUAAAGAUGUAACUAGAUGGUUACGCUGUUGAUCUGCAGUCAGGAAUUCGGUGUGCGGGGUAGCUUUGGAAUGUGUUAAAUCGGGACAAAUAGCACAUUUCCUGUAAACAGCAUUAAAAGAAAAAUCCAGCUCGAUCAGCUGGAUAAAAUAAAAUCCAACAGCACAGAUCACAGAGAAAGAAGCUGUGCUGGGACUGGGCAGUUUCACCAGUACAAAACCAAAGUUUUGUGCAGCUGACACUUAUUUUAAGCAACCACUUAAGGGAAAAUUCCAUGUAAGACAGUGUAAUCACUGCAUCUAAUCACCAACUAUAGUUUAUUAAAUAAAAAUAAUGAAUUCUCAUUAAAAAGUAAAAGGCUUACCCCUCACUCUCCCACAGGAGAGAGAUGCCGAAACAGCUACAGGAUUUUUUUUUAAUAGUGCUUUAUUAAUUCAUUGUUUACGUGUCUAUUCCUAUUUAUCUCUCAAGCGUUUCAUAACUGAUUCCUGCAACUUUCUCUAAGGAUUGGUUAGCAAGGACUGCCUGGGAAUGUCAUUUUAGCUAAGUGGGCUGCUGUAUGCAUAUCUGCUGACAACAGUUUGCUCUUUUGCUUUGACAGCGAUGUGUGGUGACAGCUCUUUAUUGAUAAGGCAGAGCAGAAGGCGCAGUGCAAUUGAAUCUGGAAAGCGAUAAGAGAGGAGGGAGGCAGCUUUGAGAGGAGGCUGUAAAGCAAAAGGCAUAUGUGCUUAGAUUUUGCUUGAUGCCCUGCCAUCACACAAGUUCUUCUAGAAUAUCCUCUGUGUUGUGGGGUAGAAUAGUCAGUGCUUAUCCAGAGGAAUUAGCUGCUCAGGAGCUUUAUUUUUAUACCUUUCAGAUAGAAAAAACAAAAACUCAAUUGUUUGACUUCUCGGAGUCAGAAUGACAAGGGGCAUUCGAUACUGGUGGCAGUUCACUAAACCUGUUCUCCUCUAGCGUGUGGACAAGCAACAGAGCAAUUCAGUUGGGAAAACCUAAUGCAACCCCUGGCCUCCCCAAAAAGAACAAAGCAGGUAGCUUUUGCUUCACGCUGCGAUCGGUACAAGUUGUCUGUGUAAGCCUAGAGACACACCACCGGGGCUGAACCCUGCCUCCCGAGGGGGUACUCAGGCCCUCAGGUCAUCAGAGCACAGCAGUUCUGCUGCACGGGACUCAGCCUGCAAAGCCUAUCCAAAGAGAGUGGGAACGCUCUCGGAGAUGAUCCCAGCUGUUCCUCCUGGUUUAGAUAGCCUAUGGUCAGUUAACCACGUUCCACUGACCGAGGCACUGCACGAGGGAAAGACUAAAGCAGACAGACUUAGAGGGGACAGUGGCGCAUCUCCUCAUGCCAGACACCAGCUCUGGUCUGGUCUGCGUGGGAGAGCGGCCAGUGACUGUGCUCACCUCACCCUGAACAGGUCAGGCUCAGCAGCUCUUGGUACUUCUGGGGACUUCUUCAGUAUCCUGGGCUCUACCGUCCUCCUUUAGCCCCCAUGCCAAGCACUGUCAGUGCAGAAGACAGGAUUAGGUACAGCUUUGAUCUACCUCCUCGUGGUGUCUUUUGGUCAGUGGCAAGCAUGUAUAUUUGCCUGAAACAGCAAGAGGAAACAUGUGAGGAGGCUGUAGCAUAUUAACACCCCGAAAAGGAAAUUCUUCUACUCAUACUUCUAACCAAGCAUGAGGUAGGAUAAAUAAGGCGGCUGCUGAUCAGUAGCAGAUUGAGCUUGAGAGCGAGAGACAGGAAAUCUGGGUCCUGUUCUCAGUGCUCCCUGUGAGCUUGGCCAGGCCAAAACCCCCCGUCACCCCUGACAUGCCCAGGUGUGCGGGGAAGGAAGACGGGCAAACAGCAGCCGCUGCACGUGGCAGCACUGCGUGGGAGCAGGGCAGUGCCGCAGGCUGCGUGGGCGAGGUCGCCACUUGAGUAAAUCGAAAGGUAACACACGACACAAGGUCGCUCAGGUCUAAGUAAGGAAGCAGUUUUACACAGAGACUAGCAACUUCGGCAGGGAAGAGACUUGCAGAUGUUUCAGGAUUACAACUGCACAGCAUCUAUGGGGCGACGCCAAAUUAGAGUGCUGCGAUGGUUUAUCAUCCUCUCCCACCUGCUUCCCCUUCUUGUUACUCUCCUCUUUCCCCAGAGGUGAUUUAUCACUGCCAGGUAACCGAUUCCAAGUUUUUGAGUCUUUCGUCUGUUUUAUAUUUCAUGCAAUUAAAAAAUGCUUUCCUAACCCCUGCUUGUGACUGCCCCUCCUCUGCAAAGCUUUAUGAAUAUGUACGAGCUACAAGGCUGAUCCAUUAAGCUGCUGAACACUGAAAGCCUGUGCUCUUCACAGGAGCGCUCAGCACUUUGCACGAUCAGCUCGUGUGCGUGUACGCAGUUACGGGACGAGGGCUGGCCUCUGAUACCGCUGCACAUGCUGAACAGGCUCUGAAAUCAAAGUGAUUCUUUAUGGAAUAAGGCUUUGCCAUGACAGCAAUAGCCUCAUUUCUUGCUGACCUUUUUAAACCAUACUGACUCUAGAAACCCUGUUGCAAUAGACUGGUAUAUGUCAGUUUGAAGAAUCGAUCUGACCUUUAAGUAAGCACAUAUACCUAUCUGCACUUGUAAAAAUAUUGAGGGGGAGGUUGAAAUGACACCAAACCUCACGUGACAAUAUUGCAUGCAACUACCUUAACAAAUAACCGCACCGAAACAUUAACACCAAGCAUGCAGCAAUGCUACUUGCGUAUACGUUUACAGAAUGCAUGCAGAAGACCCACCCAUAGGGUAUCUUUAAGCUACCGACCGGUAUCUUCUAUGGGAUAUUUUAAAGUACUUUGCUUCUGCCAAACUCAAAACAGAGUCAUUUGUGUUAUUUGGAAGAGGUUAGGCAAAACGCAGACCCCUUAAUAAAUCCCAUGCUUCAAAAUCACGUUAUGUUCUAGACUUCAUGUUUGCUUCAAGUGUUUAAUUAACGACAGACAUCUGCAGGAACAGCUUUUGCAGACAUGUUUUAGUAUCCUCUGAAGAAUUAAAAAGCUAAAUGCGUGCAGCUUGCACAGCAAAGCCGGGUGUUUGGAUUUUCACAUUGUCUUCUCUAGUCUCAACCAGAUAGCACCAAAGCAGAGAAAAAGAUUCCCCGAACCAGUGAAUCUGAACUGUCUCUGUACCACAGGCCAGGCUUUUCAAACUUGCCCACUAGCUCCGACGGCAGCUCGGUGUCUGACUGCCCUGUUUGAAACAGGCAGAUGUAACACUUCACAGGAUCUGAGUGUCUGCCGCAUCCGCUGAUUUCAGCUGCGGACACUUAACCCAGCUGAAAGCUCAGAAUGCCAAGCGAAGCAUGAAGAGCUAAGGAGCCAAUUCAGAGAACCUGGGCCUGCCUGCCAGCUGGGGAGGAGGACCCUGACAACACCAACAGACCAGCCAGGUGACCCUAGGAGCACCCACCGAGCACGGGCCUCCGUAACACAAAAGCCACCACAGCAGAAAUGACAACUGAUAACAUCACUGGCAGCCACAGAGGCAAAGCCUGAGGCCUAAAUCGUUGCCGGCUGGAGCCAGCAAGAAUUGGGAGUGAAACCUAAAUUGGUUAUAGAUCUCUUUUGCCUAAACGUGCAUCUGCAAAAUGAGACGCGUUAGUUACUUCGCAUGAACCUGCACAGGUGAAAAACGGAGAUUUCUGGUCACGGGUGUUGUCAGCUUAGUCUGUACAGUGAAUUUAUGUAACAAAUAUUUAUAAAAUACUGAGUAGUCACAGGUGAAAGUGAUAGACAAAAUGCACUGCACCUGUGAAAAAAGGCGGGUAUGCAAUACAGUAUCAGCUGCUAUUCAAACCUCAUCUAGGCUAGAAAUCAGAUCCCUUCAUUAUAGUUCUACUAUUUUUGGACUGGUGAAAUAAAUCAGAGAAAAGCAGUGCCGUGCACGAAGAGAUCACUGACACUUUGACCAAACCUAGGCAAAAUGAAAACCGAGCAUGUCACAGAACCCGCAGACAGUUUCAGGGCCUCAGCCCACACCGCAGUAGGCAUUAGGCACGGGAAAGAGAGAGAAGGGAAUCUAAAGAUUCCUAAAAUAAGCUGUAACUUUACAAAUGCUUGCGCACGUGACAGCCCCUUGAGCAAACCUGCAUGGUCAAGACUUAACGUGCUUUGAUCUUUUUCCCUCUUCCCCAUUUACAGAAUGCCAUCGACAUUGGCUAGAACUUUAAAUAGCCUUUUUAAUAUCAGUAAUCUAUUGUAAAUUCAAAAAAAAAUCAAAACAUUUAUAAAUAUAUUUUAUAUAUCAGAGUAUAACGUAUCUAGAGCAAAAUAAAACUAUAUAGUUUUGAGAGGCAUCGUGUGCAGCUUCUUCUCUACGCUGUAAACUGAAAACCUUUGCAAUCUCGCAUCAGCUUUUUUGGCUUUAUUUUUAAGCCAACAUACAAGAAAGAAGCGAUUAUAGGGUUGGCAGAUACUUUCGCCUGGGCCACCUGAAGAGCCCCGCCGCUGCUGCAGACUUACAUCGCGCACUUAUCUUUUCGGGUUGCUAGCGAGGCGCGGGUGCGAGCCCUGGCAGCGAGGCGGGCGGCGGGUGGGGAGGUGGGAGUUCAGCCCUACACCUGAAUGUUUACAUUCCCUUACAAAGGUUCGUAUCGACCCAGACUGAGAAUCUGUGUCUGUAAGUACAUACCGAGUAAAAGAUUAGUUUCUUACUACAGGUAACUUUGCCUCUGUAUACUUAGUGCAUUAUCAGCUGUGUAUGAUAUUAAACACAGACCUGUAGUUUACUGAUGCUUUAAUUUGGUGUUUCCUUGCACUGCUCUUUAAAAUAAUCGAUUUCCUCAAAAAUGAACAAUGUGCAUAUUGGGCGUGUUAAAUUUAUGAAGGUCACAGAUUACUACUGGCAGAGCACCACAUUUAUUGUAGUAUUUUUGUACUGUAACGGAAGCAUGCCUUCCUUGGGUUCUUUUCCACAUAUUAAAUUGUAUUUAUUUACCUGUAUUUAUAACUGUGCAAUUUUUAAAUAUGUUUUCAAAAUAAACUUUGUC